AUGACUGAUCCAGUUGCGAAUAAGACAUUAUGGAUGAUGACUGAUCCAGUUGCGAUGAAGACAUUAUGGAUGAUGACUGAUCAAGUUGCGAUGAAGACAUUAUGGAUGAUGACUGAUCAAGUUUCGAUGAAGACAUUAUGGAUGAUGACUGAUCCAGUUGCGAAUAAGACAUUAUGGAUGAUGACUGAUCCAGUUGCGAUGAAGACAUUAUGGAUGAUGACUGAUCAAGUUGCGAUGAAGACAUUAUGGAUGAUGACUGAUCCAGUUUCGAUGAAGACAUUAUGGAUGAUGACUGAUCAAGUUGCGAAUAAGACAUUAUGGAUGAUGACUGAUCAAGUUGCGAUGAAGACAUUAUGGAUGAUGACUGAUCCAGUUGCGAUGAAGACAUUAUGGAUGAUGACUGAUUCAGUUGCGAUGAAGACAUUAUGGAUGAUGACUGAUCCAGUUGCGAUGAAGACAUUAUGGAUGAUGACUGAUCCAGUUGCGAUGAAGACAUUAUGGAUGAUGACUGAUCCAGUUGCGAUGAAGACAUUAUGGAUGAUGACUGAUCCAGUUGCGAUGAAGACAUUAUGGAUGAUGACUGAUCCAGUUGCGAUGAAGACAUUAUGGAUGAUGACUGAUCCAGUUGCGAUGAAGACAUUAUGGAUGAUGACUGAUUCAGUUGCGAUGAAGACAUUAUGGAUGAUGACUGAUCCAGUUGCGAUGAAGACAUUAUGGAUGAUGACUGAUCCAGUUGCGAUGAAGAAAUUAUGGAUGAUGACUGAUCCAGUUGCGAUGAAGACAUUAUGGAUGAUGACUGAUCCAGUUGCGAUGAAGACAUUAUGGAUGAUGACUGAUCCAGUUGCGAUGAAGACAUGA